CGAAUUUUAGCAACAUAUAGUUCGAUUUCAAAAAAUCGCUAUUUUGGAGCUAAAAUUCGAUUAAUAUCGAAGCUUCGAAUAUCGAACUUACCCAUACCUAUUUUGUUAAUGCCGAGAAGUAAUUCGGUCUGCGCUUUUGCUAAUUAGUGAAUAUGGGUAGCAUGGAAAGGGCUUGCAUUUCAGGAUUUCUUUGUCGUCUCUGUUCCGAAAUGCACAGAAUUGUAAUACAUAUAUAUGGUGAUCAGGGCAGGAAGUUGUGUUUAGUGGAGAAAAUCAACGGGUAUUUGCCAAUCACUAUUUCACCUACGGAUCCUUUACCUAAAACCAUUUGCGAAACGUGUUUAAGGAGAGUGGAGCAGCAUUACGAUUUGUUAAUGCGUUUAACACGUAUAAAGCAAGGAAAUUUUCUCCGGAUUAAUCAG